CGCGUCUUAUCGUUAUCUAUCAGUCCAGUGUACCUAUAAGCUGCGAUAAUGGACCUGUUACGAUUCAGUGCUGCGAGGCAUCUACAGUUGUUUACGACCAGUUACAGAAGUAUGCAUCUUUUAAAAAAGGAAGCUUUUGUUAACGGAGAAUGGCUGCGCGCGGCGAAUAAUGCUGUGUUUCCUGUGAACAAUCCCGCUGAUGACACUGUGAUUGCCGAAGUGCCCGACAUGGGCGAACAGGACGCUAAAUUUGCGAUCGAUGCCGCUUCCAAAGCAUUCAAAAUAUGGAGAGAUUCAACUGCAAGGGAACGAGCGAGUAUUCUUCGAAAAUGGAAUGACCUCUGCUUGAAAAAUAUUGAUCACCUUGCAGAGGUAUUGACAGCUGAAUCAGGAAAGCCUUUGGCGGAAGCAAAGGGUGAAGUUAUAUAUGGAACAUCUUUUCUCGAUUAUUUUGCGGAUACGGCGCGCCAUGUUACUGGAGAAAUUAUUCCAAGUCCCUGGCCAAAUAAGCAGAUUCUUGUGACAAGGCACCCAAUUGGGGUAGUAUCAAUCAUUACACCCUGGAAUUUUCCCUUCGCGAUGAUAACUCGUAAAGUGGGGGCACUCAUGGCUGCCGGUUGCACUUGUGUCAUCAAACCAUCAGAAGAUACCCCUCUGACGGCUCUAGCGGCAGUGGAAUUAGCUAUUCAAGCCGGUGUGCCUAAAGGUGUUAUUAAUGUGGUCACGUCUAGCAGAAAUAAUGCUGCCAGUGUAGGCAAAGUUCUGUGCGAGGAUCCUGCUGUAGGUUGCAUUUCAUUCACUGGCUCUACCAAUGUUGGAAGAAUUCUUUACGGAAUGGCUGCAAAGGGCAUUAAAAGAGUAUCAUUAGAGUUGGGUGGCAAUGCCCCAUUUAUUGUUUUCCCUAGUGCUGACCUGGAAAAUGCUCUCGACCAAGCUAUGUUAGCCAAGUUCAGAAAUAAUGGGCAGGCUUGUGUUGGAGCUAAUAGAUUCCUAAUACAUGAGAGUGUGUUCGACAAGUUUGUAGAAGGAUUCAAGAGUCGUAUUGGAAAGAAGUGUAUCCUCGGGCCUGGAACCAAGGAAGGCGUGACCUGUGGGCCACUUAUCAACAAAAUGCAAGCUGAUAAAGUGUCUGGCCUUGUUGAUGAUGCAGUAUCAAAAGGAGCAAAGGUUGUGCUUGGUGGAAAAAUUGCCAAAGAUAUUGGCAACAAAUUCUAUGAGUCUACAUUGUUAGUUGAUGUGACACCCAGUAUGGCGAUAUACCAUGACGAGGUGUUUGGGCCUGUGGCUGUUUGUUACAAGUUUAAGGAUGAAGCGGAAGCAUUGGAAGUUGCCAACAGCACUCGAUGUGGCUUGGCCAGCUAUGUCUUUACCAAAGACCUCGGCCAAGCGUUCAGAAUGUCUCAAAAACUGGAAUUUGGUAUGGUGGGAAUCAAUGAUGGAAUAUUGUCUGCGGCCGAGCCACCGUUCGGUGGCAUUAAAGAAUCUGGAAUUGGCCGAGAGGGAAGCAAGCAUGGUGUUGAAGAAUACACCGAUAUCAAAUAUACUUUGAUGUCUGCCUUGGAUAAAUAAAUUAUACUUUGUUCAGUUUUUGUGCCAUAUUAUUUUAGUUACUGAAAUUGUUGCUUUUUUU